UAAUUUAAAUAUUAUAUUUUUAUUAGACAAAUUAUAAAUGAUGUGUUACAUCUGUCCUACCUAAGAACUCUUACAAGCAGAUUUUCAGACAUCUAGACACCUGCAUGCUGAUGCUUCCAAGUCCAGGCCCAGGCCCAGUCCCAGGCCCAUGCCGUAUUUCAAAUUAUGAGGAUUCAUGUCCUUCCUGAUGGCCUUUUAACUUUAGCGCCUUUGGUUUUUAUCUUGAUGAAGUGAGAUUGAUCUCCUGGCCCAAUAAAAAGGAUCAGAUUGAUCCAGCCCAUAUUAUAGAUGGACGAAAAUCGGAAAAUGUCACCGUAACUUCAUAUUGGCACCGCCAUUUGCUCCCGCCCUUUUAUGAGAGUUUUGUUUAACCCUGAACUCCAACGACAGUACACAACUACACAUCACAGAAACUAUGGCGCCAAAAAACAAAACCUUCUUCUCCAAUCCCUAUCGGUAACUGCGAGAUUAUCGUUGAGGCCAAACGUUUCACCUGUAAGUCGGAUUCAAAUGGCCUCCAAAUUUCUCUUCCUACAAGCGGGAAGAUUAAAGUAGCUGUUGCGAAAGGCAAAAUUACGAAUAAUGGAAAUGAUUCUGAGAAUUUUAAACUUGGAGUUAGAGGAAGUAUUACAGAUGUAUAUGACAGAACUACCCGGAAUGAAUUAUGCUGCGAAUACUGGAAAGCAAUCAAAAUUUCUUGAAAGAUGUGUAACUAAUGGGAAAUAUCGUACACUGCUCUUGAAAUCUGGUUCUAUUGGAGAUUUUGGAAAGGUCAUAGCUGCCAUCACGUAUCAAAUAGUCCCUGCAGAUACAGAGUAUGCAGAGAUCCCACUUGCAGCGGUUAGUGCAAUCUGUCAAGGCAAGGGUCUGGGUCAUAUGUUGUUUGUAGAGCUACGGAAGAGACUUCAACAUGUUGGUAUUCGUUCAAUUUUCUGCUGGGGUGACAAAGAAUCUGAAGGGUUUUGGCUUAAACAGGGUUUUAUAUCUAUAGCAGAGGUGGACACCAAAGGUAGAGCUCGCAGGUUACCUAUAAAAGCUGCUAUUCGUAAAGCAUUAUGCUUUCCUGGUGGUUCUACUCUCAUGGUUUGCCAUCUAAGGAUGGAAUUGUUAGCUGAUGCUGCUAACUCUAUGAAGUGUCUUCCCUCAAAACAUCAGAAUUGCUUGACAUUUGGAAAUGCUGAGAACGAUCAGCUUAAAUCUACAGGACAGUUGCACAUUGAUUUGAACUUUUCACAUAAAUCUAUUGAUAGACCAGAUAAUAUGGAGACUAGUCAUCCUAAGGCUUUGGUGAAUGAAGGAUUUUUCGGAGAAUAUGAUAAAUUGGGUGUCGGGGACUCACUGCUGACUGUUGUUCGACUUGCAAACAAUGGAGUUGGUGCAGAAAUGAAGGAUUGUUCUAAUUCCACAAAAGGUGCAAAGAGGACAUGGGAAGCCUCUUUGUCAUCGUUAAAGUCAAAAAGAGUGAAAGGAAGCCAUUUAGUUGACAGUGGAUCUGAGUCUAGCUGGGGUUUUGUCUCAGAGGUUGCUAGGACUAGUUCUUGCUUUGUGGGAUGCUCAUGGGGCGUUUCAAGUGGAAAGAGUUCAGUGGAGCGUCCAUGUGGUGAUUCUUUGAGUGUCCAAGGAAAGAAUUCUGAGAAACCUAAAGGGGAUUAUUUACAGUUAGAAGCUCAAGUCAACAAUGAACAGCUAUCAACUAAACAAUGCUUUAGAAUCAUGCUGAUGAAUAUAACUGAUGAUGCUAAGAAAACGCAUCUUACAAAGGCAAUUGAAGCCCUUGGUGGCACUGUUACCUCUGAAGGAAGCAUGGCCACGCAUGUUGUCACAGGCAAAGUGAGGAAAACUUUGAAUUUCUGUACUGCCCUUUGCUCAGGGGCUUGGGUGGUCUCAUCUGAUUGGUUAAAAGAAAGCUGUCGUGAAGGCAAAUUUGUUGAUGAGCUAGCUUAUAUAUUGGAUGACAAGGAUUAUCUAUUGAAGUACAGGUCUGAUUUAAAAGCUGCAGUUCUCCAAGCAAAAGCCAACCCUCGAGCUUUGUUCAAGGGGUACGACGUGUGUAUUGCGGAUCAUGUUCAACCUCCUGCUAAAACACUAUCUGCAAUUGUGAGCUCUGCUGGUGGUAAUGUUAUUUGUGGGUUGAAGAAAGUAAAUGAAGCAUCUUCAACCAUUUUUGUGACAUGUGAAGAAGAUAUGGAAGAAGCAAUGGUAGCUGCAAAGAAGGGGAUCCGGACUUUCAGCACUGAGUGGUUUAUGAACUGUGUCAUGAGGCAGGAACUUGACCUGGAGGCCUUUCAAUUUGCAGAGUCCUUGUGAGGAUGGUGACUUGCCCAGUGAUGAUUAACACGAUUUCUUGUGACACAAAAUUUGGCCAUAUUUAUCGUUACUCGUGUAUAUUUUUUGCCCAACAGGUUUAUACCACUGGAGAGGUAGUUCUUGUAUAACAAAGGUAACCUGCCGACAGUGUUUUAAUUUUGGGUGAUAACUGGAUAUGUUCCUGUUGAUUUUGUCAAAAAUGCUGCAAAUCUAAUUGAGAUGUACAGAGAAAGAGACCGGUAUAGUUGGUUGGAGGAAUGGAUAAAAUUUCUGGUA